CCUUAAUAUAUGAUAAGCUCACGAGAAAGGAUAGUGAGGUGCUAUUUGGUAUAAUGUCUAUUAGAAUUUGAUCCUCGCAUGUAAAAAGGUUGACUUAAAUAUGUCGAAUUCGGCUGGUCUCCUUUGUCCUUUAUUCAUUGGUGCAGUAUUGGAUGUCAAUUUCCAUUUUGUCUAAGAAGGUAUUGGAUCAGAUUUCAUAAGAUUAAUUCAAAAUUUAUAUGGUAUGACGAUAGUCAGGGAAGGCAAAGGUCUCAUGGGAUAACCUAGCUACUAAGAAGAAAGAGGGAGGGUUGGGAUUAAAGAUUUAUAUACAUGAAAUGUGACUUCUUUAGGGAGGCCAGUCUGGCUAUUAUUCAUGUAUGGAGGUAGAGUUUGCUGACAUGGAUUAGUCACUAUAGGCUGAACGGCCGAGUUGUUUGGAUUUUAGGAGCAACAUUUGUAGGUUCGUUGGAUUUGGAUGCAAUUGUUAAAGUUUCAAAGUUGAUUUCAAUUUCAAAUGGAUGUUGACACUGCGGAAAAUGUACUUGGGAGGGAAAACCCUUUGUGAAAUACACAGUGAAGUAGGUUUGGGAAAUAAUUAGGGUACAUAGACCAUAGGUGCCUUGGUGGCAAGUAUUGUGGAAUAAAUUCAUCAUUCCAAAAUACAUGUUUCUUGUUUGGUUGAUAAUUUUGAACAGGAUGAAUACCAAGGACAAGUUCUAGGCAUGAGGGAUAAUAACUGAUGACUCUUGUGUCCCUAGCAGCAAUGGUAUAGAGAAGAGACCGUUUAUUUCAAGGCUAUAAUUAUUCUAGAUAGUUGUUUGUUGUUUUUGUUAGUCUGCAAGCAUGACAAAAUUGGUUGCAUACACGGGAUGGGGAAUUACAACAAGCAUGUUCUGCAGUAGGAGCAUGGAUGGAUUUGGUCGUAUCUACUGUGAACUUUGGUGUUGAUUAGUGAUUUUCUUAUUGAAAGAAAGAUGUGGUUGUGUUUUGGAAGAAGAAGUUUGAUUGGAUAGACUUGUUGCUUUGUUUCAAUAAUGAAGCAGUGUUGUUUCUCAUGGGCAAUAGUGAGUUUAGUGAGAAGUAGGAAAGUUUAUAUGUAUUUUUUAGGUUGGCUUGAGGAGUUUUGACAGGUGAUGUAGCCAAUUCUGGACUUUGUCCUAAUUAUUUUGAGGUUUGAUGUACUGAUCAAGUGAGCUUAAUAUAAAUCCUAAUUAUUGAGAAAUAUUUUUCGAUUGAUGUUUCUACCAAAAUAAAAUUGGAUUGAUGUCACAUGUAGCAUGUAAGGAGCAAAUCAAAUGCAUAAACACUUCCCCCAUUAAAUUUUUAUAGACUAUAUCUCAUUGAUUUUAGUAUAUGUUAUAGUAGUAUGAAAAAUAGUCUAUGAUAUACGAUGUUAGUAUAUGUGGUCCAAAAAUUUCCUUCUCAAAAAAUAUUGAAAAUAUAUAUCAUUCUUUUAAAAAAAAGUAAGCCUUCUUAAUGAAUUACUUUCUUAAAAAAAGAUAUCCAAGUCCUGAGCAUUGAAUCUUACAAUCAAAGUCUGAUUUCAUUCCUUAAUGGCUUUCUUGAGAAAUAGUAUCCAAAUCCACAACAUUUAUUGUUAAAAUCACAACUAAUUUUUCUUAAUCACUUACUUUCCUUAUAAUGACUCAAUAAUUACAUUGCAUAUCCUAAAAUCGUAAAUUCUCAUUUUUUUCACUCCAUCUUGUAUAGUAUAUAAAUGAUGACCUACUCAAUCAUUUACAUCCAGCCUCCUCCCCCACCUGCCUUUUUCACUGCUCUAAAUUGUCAAUCCAUGACGAAACCCAGAAACAAGUCAAUGGGUUUCUUUUAUGCUAUCAUCUGUAUGUUGUUUGCCUUUGCAAUAGUUGCUUGCGCUGCUCUCAACUCAAUCCCCAUCUCCGGGAUAGAGUAUCAUUCACCUCCAGGCGCCAAUCCGUGCCAUGAACCAGGUCAUCCUUGCCAUCAUCCUCCUUCAACUGAGACGGACCCACAACUUGAGGAUUAUAAGCCUAUUGAUCCAGUACCAAAGCCUCCUCCAAUACCAAGCCCUCCUCCUUUAGCAGAACAUCACUGAAGAUAAUAUGUGUAAUUUAUAUAUGGAGGGAGGAUUAUGCAUGUGAUUUAACUAAGAAUAAUAAUGGUCUUUCACUUUGAAUCUGAUUUGGUUUUCUGAACUUUGUGUUCAAGCCGCUCGUUUCCCUUACUAAUAACUCGUCCUUAACCUAAUUAUCUAUCUUGCUCUUCCUUUUCCGUUUGUAAUUUUAUUAUAUGCUACUGAAUAUAUUGACAAGUGUGGGUGUCUAACACGCUAAAACACAACACCAAACUGGGUUGAUUAACUAUUGAUUAAACUGCGGAAGAUCCGACAGUAGCUUGGAAUAUCUAAAGCUGACCAAGCCCUCUCAGGCAGACUAACCGGCAGGUGACGAGCCUUCACCGGGAUAGAAUGCUGAGGCAAUAAAAGCAAAACUCCACUACUGGAAUUGGUUUCCAAUAAAAAAGCAGUAAACCGAUUAACUCUCGUAUAACCAAUCUACCACAACAGAUAUUGAUGAAGCUCUAACAACCUAAUCAGAUUCUAUCUAUCUCAGGUUGCAGCAGAAAUCAAGAAAAGAUGAUCAGGCUUCAAUUGACUCAAUGAAUCAUGCAUCAAUCGAUUACAAUCAAUCAGUAUAUCAAUCCAAAGUCAUUACAAUCAAGAUUCCUAACACAUGGAACUAGGGUUCUUCAUACCCAAGUGAGAGAAGGUUCUACUCCCUAGAUAGAGAGAGGAAAACAAAAAUCAUAGCGGUCAUACUCAUAAAGAUGGGGAUAAUCUGCUCUCGGAUGUCGAUCUUCACUCUUGGGGAUGCAAUCUGGGCUUCAAUGCUAGAAAUCCACUCCAAAUAGCUCCUACGGUUUGUUCUUCGCACUUUCUCUCUCUAAAGCUCUGUUUUUUGCUCAAAACUCGAUUCCCCUCCAAAAGACCCGAAAUUGGGUUAAAACCCAGAAUUUCCCGACCACACGGCCGUGUGAAAAUCCCAGCUGCCCAUGUGGAGGUGAAAACGCUGCGUUUCGGUUAAAUUGUCUCAUGCAUGUCACACGGCCAGAACUGCACGACCGUGUGAAAUCUCGGCUUGCCCGUGUGACAUCUCUGUGAUUUCCACAAGGCCUCAAGGGAUCUGGUACAUGGCCAGUGUGGUUUGCCCGUGCAAUGGAAUUCCACACGGCCGUGUGGCUGCUAGGUCUGGCCGUGUGGUUUCCUCAGCUUCUCGCCAAACGUCCAACCUUCGUCCAAUCGACCCUGAACUCGUUCCCAAACCUCCAAUCACGUACUAGGACCUGAAAUAUCACAAACAAGAACAACCUAGCGUGAUAUCGGCCUACGAUACGAGAAAUGAGGCUCAAACAGCAUAAGAAUGGUCGACAAAAACAUGUGUAUAUAUCAAGUCAUCAAAUUCCCCCACACUUAACCGUUUGCUUGUCACCAAGCAAACCAAGUCAGAUACAAGGUAAGCUCAACAUAUUUCAAUCAUACCACUUUGGGGACAUAUCAUAUAGGCACAAAACACGUGAAUCAUACUGGCUUUUGAUCAUUGACAUAAGGUCAACUCAACAGCAACCUAGACAACCACGACAGAGGACAUUCGAGUGCAGCAAAAUCGGGUAAAGAAAGAGGAGUCCUUUCU